AUGGAAAUGGAGGAGAAGCCGCAUUCCACUACGGAACAUGAGCAUGUGGCGGAACGCUAUGGCAAGGAAGACGGUGUGGGAUUCCGCCGCAGCGAGGAAGAUUCGAUGACGAUGAGGGAUAUCUGGAAGCACCAUAAAGCAAUCAUUUGGUGGGGAUUUGAUGCCCAAAUCAACGGCGCCAUGAUCGCUGUGGCAUCUUUCAGGCGAGACUUUGGAUACGAACUGCACGGCGAGAUGAUCCUUCCAGCCGACUGGCAAUCUGCCUUUAACCUCCAUUGGCCAAUUCUCGGCGGCUUCCUCUGCAGCUGGCUUGCUGAUCGUGUGGGACGGAAGCGCUCUCUGCUCUGCGGAGUCAUUGUAUGCACGGGUGGUGCCUUUGGCGAAAUCUUCGCCAACACACGUGCCGCAUUCCUGGUCUCAAAGCUGAUCCUGGGCAUUCGCCUGGGAUUCUACCUGACUCUUGGCCCGCUCAUGUGCAGCGAAAUUGCACCAGUCGUGAUGCGCGGAUUGUCUACUGCCGGUGUAAACUUGGGAAUAUGCAUCGGCCAGCUCCUGUCCAACUCCGUCGUCAAGGGGUUCGGCGAGCGGACUGAUCGGUGGGCGUAUGCUGGUCCCUUUGCAAUCCAGCUAUUUUUCACUGCUGUUCUACUUGCCGGCCUGCCCUUCGCCCCCGAGUCGCCGUGGUAUCUAGACUUCGACACCACCAACCUACUCGGCAAAAUCGAAGCUUCCGUCGAAGAAAGCGCCCAGCAAGCAAAGACAACCUUCCUGGAUUGCUUCCGCGGGACGAACCUGCUGCGGACGGGGAUUUCACUUGGCGGCUUCGUGUGCCAGCACCUGGUGGGCAUCAUCUUCGUCCUCGGCUACUCAACAUAUUUCUUCGAACUCGCAGGACUGGAAACAACUCACUCAUUCGACCUCGGCGUCGGCGUCACGGCCUGUGGCGUUCUCGGUAAUUUCCUCAGCUGGUUCGUCCUCAAUUCGUUUGGCCGCCGCAGGACGUUCCUGAGUGGUAUGUCUGCUCUUACUAUCCUCCUCCUCCUCAUUGGCAUAAUGGAUGUAGUGCCCGCGGACGCUGCCAAGUGGAUACAGUCUUCGUGCACUGUGGUUUACGCGUUUGUAUAUUUCAUGACCGUCGGCGCGAUUUCCUUUGUCCUGCUCGGCGAGGUGUCGACUAUAUUACUCCGCGCGAAGACAGCGGCCCUUGCGACCGCUGUCCAGGCCGUCUUUGGCAUUAUCAUGAAUGUUGUCAUUCCGUAUCUCAUCAACCCCGAUGAGGCGGACCUCAAGGGGAAGUUGGGCUUUAUCUUUGGUGGUUGCGCGGCUGUUGCAACGCUGUUUAGUUGGGUCUAUAUCCCGGAGCUAAAGGGUCGGACGUUCGACGAGAUUGAUGGCAUGUUUGCGAGGCGAAUUCCUCCUCGGCGGAUGGGCGCAUAUGUGGUUCCGUAG